GACACACUACAAGUACUUUCUCCCUACCACCACCGCACGCCGCUGUGCGCGCCACGACACCAUGUCUGCCGCCGUCAAGGCCACCGCAUCCGACGUGGAGAAGGCCGAGACGCAUAUUGUGGCGCGCGAGCGCGCCGCUUCCAAUGCUGUCGAAGUCCGGCCACCCGUUGCCGCCGGUGAAGCCGUGUCUAAUGGUGUCGUGCCGACGGCAGGCGGAUCAGUGUCUCCAGCACAAUCGGAAGACGAUGAUGACAUCCACAGUAUUAGCACUGAAUUGUAUGAGAUCAUUUUGGAGUCGGAGGGAUAUGCACACAUUCAGGAUGAUAAUACAGUCUGCACUCCGGAGGAAAGGCGAGCAUAUCAGAAACGCCUCCACGAGGUGGGUGUCGAUCAAUUUAUCAGGGAGACCAUAAGUGCGGAAACGAUCACGGCACGGAAGCUCUGUACUGCGUUCGGGGUAUCAAUUCCCGUCUUCAUGGAAGGGUACCCGGACCACGCCUUCUAUCGCUUGCUAGGACUAGCGAUCAACCGGGAGAUAAACAAGCGUCGUACAUUGGAACAGUACAAGACUAUCGAUGAUGCGGCUAUGCUUCUGAAGAAAUCGCAGAAUAUCAUCGUCAUCACUGGGGCGGGUAUAUCGACAAGCCUAGGCAUUCCCGACUUCAGGUCCAAGAACACUGGAUUCUACUCGAGGUUGCGAGAGCUAGGCUAUCAAGAACCAGAGGAAGUCUUUGACAUACACCUCUUCGACCAGGAUCCUACCAUCUUCUACAGGCUGGCGGGCAACAUCCUCCCUGACUUGGAAAAAUGGUCGCCUACACAUGAGUUCAUCCGGCUUCUCCAGGACAAGGGGAAGCUGCUGACCAACUACACUCAAAACAUCGACAACGUAGAAGCGCAUGCUGGCAUCCGCAAGGAAAAGCUGAUCCAGUGCCAUGGCUCCUGGGCGACCGCGACAUGCCGGAAAUGCAAGUACAAGAUCCCCGGUGAAGAGCUUUUCCCGGCCAUCAAGGCUCAAACGCCCGCGGAAUGCGAGAAGUGCAUCAUAGCUCUUGCUGAGCAGAACCCCGGUUUGAAGCGGAAGCGGGUUUCCAACGGGAAGAAGAAGCGACGCAACGCUGGUGAAUUCGACUCGGAUUCCGAUGAGGCGUACGAUAUUCCGCAGCCGGGCAUCAUGAAACCGGACAUCACCUUCUUCGGCGAGGCGCUUCCCAAGGAAUUCUUCCACCGGUUAGAGAACGAGGAUAGGAAGAAGGUGGAUCUCGUGAUCGUGAUGGGUACCAGUAUGAAAGUUGCACCGGUAUCGGAGAUUCCCAACUUCUUCCCCAAAGAUGUCCCUCACAUCUAUAUCAACCGAGAUCCUGUCAAUCACAUCAACUUCGACAUCACUCUCCUCGGCGACUGCGACACCAUUGUCGCCGAACUUGCUCGACGAGCCGGCUGGGAACUGAAGCACAGGAUGCUUCCUGAAGAGCAAAAAGUCGACAUUGUUCCCGUUGGCGAAGACGGCCACGUGCAUAGUGUUAAGGUUCGACAGCCGGAGUCCAACGCCACAUAAGUCUCUAUGAAUUUUUCCUUGCAGCAUAUAUAUAUCCAGGCGUUGAGGCGGCAUUCGUGGGUUCAGUGUAUUCAUGCAUGGGUUGCCAGUCAUGAGAAGGGGGAUACCUGGGUGUAUGAGUUUCAUGCGAUACCCGAGUGUUUAAGUGGGUUUUGGAUGUUGUGUUGGUUCAUGGCGUCUUGAGGGCAUAUGGUAAUGGCAUGUCGAUGAGUAUGAUAUAGGGUACUCCUUUAGAGUAGUACAUAUGGCGGUAUAACAAUCUUUGUGAUAUGAUGGC